CGGGGCAACGAAACUAUUCCAGAUAGGGAAAAGAAGGAGAAUGACUGCCUGCUUCUUCCUAAAUCUGCCACUUUCUUCUUCGUCUGCUUCCUUUACCUCUCAAACUAAUAAGAAUAACCCAGCAAUUUCUUCACACACACUUCUCACUCUAAUCCAAACACAAUUCCCUCUUCGAACCGCUCGAUUCUCACGCCAAGUCAGAGCCGCAUCGACUGCCAUGGAAGCCCAGAAAAGUGAGACCAGCGGCUCAGCUCAACCUAUGAAGCUCUUGUUCGUGGAGAUGGGUGUGGGCUACGACCAACAUGGGCAAGAUGUUACGUCCGCAGCAAUGAGGGCUUGUAGAGAUGCCAUCACUUCCAAUUCGAUCCCUGCUUUUCGAAGAGGGUCAAUACCUGGAGUUACAUUUGAGGAGAUGAAACUACAGAUCAAGCUGGGAGUGCCUCAUAUACUACAACAGUCGCUCGAUGUCGAGAAGGUCAAAUCAGUCUUUCCAUAUGGAAAGAUUUUGAAUGUUGAAGUUGUUGAUGGUGGACUGAUAUGCUCAAGUGGUGUGGUUGUAGAAGAUAUGGGAGAUAAGAAUGAUGACUGUUAUAUAGUGAAUGCAGCAGUUUAUAUUGGUUACUAGCUUGAGUAGCUUCACCCACCAGCUGAUGAUUAAUUAUCUUCAAGAGUGACAGGAAUGGCUGCACUGUUCAACAUAUGUUUCAGAACUGUCUUCUGCAUGUUGUUGUGGUUGGUACUUGGUAGUUUGAUGAUUAUUGCAACAGGUUGUGCAAAUGGUCUAUUGAAACUUAUCUGAGGAUUUGUAGAUACUAUAAUGAAGUAGUUCUGAUGAUCAUUUUGUCUACAUGUCAAUUUGAAGGUACGCUAAUGUGUAGUUUACUUGUUUGAUAGCUGAUGUGUUUUUGAGGUUGGCCUUUGUGGCUUUCUUUGUUUAUUCAAUAAAUUGGAAAUCCAAGAUGUUGAGCACA